GAGGGGCGGCAGCAGCGUCUCCCGGCCUGGCGGCGCCUCUGUGGAGCUGACGACCCCAACGCCCGUAAGGCGGCGGGACAGCGGCCGCGCCCGGGGUAGGGUUCCCGGCUCCGAACGAUCCCAGACCGAGUGUGUAUUUGCGGCUGCAAUUUCCACAGAGCCACCAGGAACAACACGAGUACCUUCGGGACAAUCCGCAGUAACCAGGAUCACCGGCAGUGACCCGGAGUCAAGCGAUCACCGGGAGCGAUCCGGAGUAAAGCGAUCAUCGCCUAGUGAUCCGGAGUAAAACGGUCACUCGGAGUUAAACGAUUACCCGGAGCGAUCCGGAGUAAAACGAUCACCCGGUGUGAUUCAGGGUAAACGGGAUCACCAAGAAUGAUCCAGAUUCACCGCGAUCACCAGAAGUGAACCAGAGUAGAACGAUCUUCAGGGGUGAUCCGGAGUAAAACGAUCACUGGGAGUGAUCCGGAGAUAAACGACCCCUGGAGCGAUCUGGAAUAAAGCUUGAUAUCAAAGCCACCCGUUCGAGCCUCCUGAGCACUCCCGGGUGAAGCCCAGGCCUGGUGUUAUAGUCGGAACCUUGGAACGUCAAAAAUGGCUUUCUUUAACUUUCGGAAGAUUUUUAAGAUCGGCGGGGAGAAGAAGAAGAAACAGUUUGAACAUGUGAGGAAAGAUGUGAAUCCCGAGGAGAUCUGGGACAUCGUUGGCGAGCUUGGUGAUGGGGCAUUUGGCAAAGUCUAUAAGGCGCAGAACAAACAGACUGGAGUCCUUGCUGCUGCAAAGGUGAUUGAGACCAAGAGUGAGGAGGAGCUGGAAGAUUACAUUGUGGAGAUCGACAUCCUGGCAUCCUGCGACCACCAGCACAUUGUCAAGCUGCUCGAUGCGUUUUACUAUGAAAACAAGCUGUGGAUCCUGAUCGAGUUCUGCGCUGGAGGGGCUGUGGAUGCAGUCAUGUUGGAAUUGGAGAGGCCACUGACUGAACCCCAAAUUCGCGUCAUCUGCAAACACACCCUGGAAGCACUGAACUACCUGCACGAUAACAAAGUGAUCCACCGAGAUCUCAAGGCUGGGAACAUCCUGCUCACCAUGGAGGGUGAUGUGAAGCUAGCUGACUUUGGAGUCUCAGCGAAGAACAGCAGGACACUACAGCGAAGGGACUCCUUCAUUGGGACUCCUUACUGGAUGGCCCCUGAGGUGGUCAUGUGUGAGACAUCGAAGGACAAGCCCUAUGAUUACAAGGCUGACGUUUGGUCGCUGGGUGUCACUCUGAUUGAGAUGGCCCAGAUGGAGCCUCCACAUCAUGAGCUCAACCCCAUGAGAGUGCUGCUGAAAAUUGCUAAAGCCGACCCCCCCACCCUCGCUCAACCUUCUCGCUGGUCUCCCGAGUUCAAUGACUUCCUGAAGAAGGCAGUGGAGAAGAACGUGGAGCAGAGGUGGUCGUGCCAGCAACUGUUACAGCAUCCAUUUGUGGCGAAUGUCAACAGCAAUAAGCCAGUGAGGGAGCUGAUCGCAGAGGCGAAAGCAGAGGUAACGGAGGAGAUUGAGGAGAGCAAGGAGGAUGAAGAGGAAGAAGACUCAGAAAGUGCUGCGGCUCUGCCGGGACAUAAGCGUGCCGCCUCGGACAUCAGCACAGCCAGUUCCGAGGAUGAGAAACUCUCCCAGUCUCCGUCCAUCCUCGAGUCUGUCUCUGAGAAGAUGGAGACCGAGACCAUGGAGGAAAACACAGACAAGAGCAGCGACAAGCUGUCAGAUGAGGGGAUCGGCACCAGCGAAAGUGAGAAGCCUGAGAGUGACAGGAUGAUGGAGAAUAAUGUUUCUGAUGCCAGUAAUGAAGAGCUACAAGCAGGCAGCGAGAACCUGGAGCCUGCCGCACCUGAGGGAAAGUCUAAGAUCGAGGAGCCCAGCGCAGAGGUCCCAGUGGCUGAGAGCAGCACUGAAGAGACUCCAAAGGAAAGUGAGGCAUCUGAGAAUGUUAGAGAGCCACAAGAGGAAAAGGACACUAAGCUGGAAGGAGGAAAGGAAGACGGAGUGGAAAAGAAAGUGGGAGUGGUUGAGGGAGACGCUGAGAAAGGGGAUGAAGUAGCCAAGGCUAAACUGGCAGAGCAGGCCGGCGAAGUGGCCAAGGAAGAAGAUUCCACCAAUGUGGAAGAUGUUAGCCUGAAACCGAAAGAGAGUGACGUUUCAGCAGACGUGGAAAUGAGUGCUGGAGAUGGGGACCAGAAAGAAGCAGAGCAGGCUGUGAAUGCUCCAGCUGCCCCAGAAGUGAGUGCUGGAGACGAGGGCCAGAAGGCAGUCGAGCAGACUGUCAGUGUUCCAGCUGUUACGGGUGAAGAAAGAAAGCAAGAGGAGCCAUCCACAGACUUGGUGGAUGCUGCAGGAGUUCCCCUGAAGCAGGCUGUAACUGAGAAUCAUGUAAAACCAGAGGACACGUCUGAUACGGGUGUUGAGGCCAAGCUCCAGCAUGAAAUCAGGCCUUCCACAGCGGAAGGAGGGCCGAGUGGGGAAUUAAAUGAGGCACAGACUGUUGUUGAAUCCAGUGUGAAGGAAACUGAGAGUGUGAGCCAGAUGGACACAAAGCCAGAAACUACCUCUGAAAUCACUGACACUGUAGAGGUGAAGAAAGAAAAUUUAGAGCCUGUUCCUCAAUCGAAGAGCAUGAGUAAAGAGAAGGAGAAAGAUGCAGACUCUGGCAGCGGUUCGAUGGCUGACAGCAGCAGUAUCGAUCUGAAUCUGUCCAUAUCCACCUUCUUGUCUCGCAAUAAAGAAAGUGGAUCAAUAUCGCUGCAGGAAAUGAGGCAGCAGAAGAAGACACUGAAGAAGACUCGCAAGUUUAUGGUUGAUGGUGUGGAGGUCAAAGUGACAACAUCUAAAAUUGUGACGGACAAUGACAAAAACAAUGAAGAAAUGAGGUACCUCAGGCGACAGGAGCUGCGUGAGCUGAGGCUGCUACAGAAGGAGGAGCAACGCACACAGCAGCAACUCAGCAACAAGCUACAGCAGCAACGCGAGCAUAUCUUCCGCCGCUUUGAGCAGGAGAUGAUGAGUAAGAAGCGUCAAUACGACCAGGACAUCGAGAACCUGGAGCGGCAGCAGAAGCAGACCAUCGAGCGCCUUGAGCAGGAUCAUACAACCCGGCUGCGGGACGAAGCAAAGAGGAUUAAAUCCGAUCAGGAGAAGGAGCUUUCCAAGUUCCAGAGUAUGUUAAAGAAUCGCAAAAAGGAGGUUAAAAAUGAAGUGGAUAAACUUCCCAGAGAACAGAGAAAAGAGCAAAUGAAACGAAUCCGAGAGGAGCUCUCGCAGUCCUUGCAUGCUCAGGAGCAGGAAUUCCUGCAGAAACAGCAACAGGAGUUGGACGGGGCGCUGAAGAAGAUAAUCCACCAACACAAGCUGGAGCUGGCCACCAUUGAACGGGAAUGCCUCAACAACAAGCAGCAGAUGAUGCGAGCGAAGGAGGCGGCGAUAUGGGAGGUGGAGGAGCGGCACCUGCAGGAGAAGCAUCAGCUUCUGAAACAGCAGCUGAAGGACCAGUACUUCAUGCAGAGGCACCAGCUCCUGAAACGGCACGAGAAGGAAAUGGAGCAGAUGCAGAGAUACAACCAACGUCUUAUUGAGGAGCUGAAGAAUCGGCAAACCCAGGAGAGAGCCAGGUUGCCCAAAAUCCAACGCAGUGACGCCAAGACACGCAUGGCCAUGUUCAAAAAGAGUCUGCGCAUUGGCUCCUCGAGUUCACCUGAACAGGAUCGGGAGAAGAUUAAACAGUUCGCCAGCCAGGAAGAGAAGAGGCAGAAAAACGAGAGACUCCAGCAGCACCAGAAACACGAGAACCAAAUGAGGGAUCUACAGCUCCAGUGUGAUGCCAACAUCCGGGAAUUACAGCAGCUCCAGAAUGAGAAAUGUCACUUGCUGAUCGAACACGAGACGCACAAACUGAAGGAGGUGGAUGAGGAGCACUGUCAGGAACUGAAGGAGUGGAGAGACAAGCUCAGGCCCAGGAAGAAGGCGCUAGAGGAAGAAUUUGCUCGCAAGCUGCAGGAGCAAGAAGUCUUCUUCAGGAUGAGUGGAGAGUCAGAAUGCCUCAACCCGUCGGCACAGAGCCGGAUUUCCAAGUUCUACCCUGUCCCGAGCCUGCACUCCACAGGGUCCUAAGUCCUGGGGCUCCUGGUAACCUUUCUCUUCCAGUAUAACAGAUCCAUCUAGUAGUGCUGACUCAGUAAACUGCAGCAAGUGCUCUGGCUGCCUCUCUACCACCUUGGAGUUUGGACACAAUCAGCAUGUGCGUGACUGUUGGGAUUGAAAUCUCUUGCCUUAUGGGAUAGCUUGUGUUGAAGGUGCUGGAGAAAUUGUGUGUCUUCAUCUGCCACCAGCCAGAGAGUGGUAUCACAUCCUCAAGGAUGUUCUGCAACACUCUUCACUGACCUGUGAGCACAGGGAGAGGAGCCACUGGUCGGCAGUAACUCUCCAGAGAGGAGGGCAGUGUGUGAUGGGAUCUCUGGGAGUGGGUACCACCAGGCUCGGUGCAUGGCUGCUCUGUUCAGUCAGUGUUCAAGAUCUCUGCAUCACUGAGGAACUCAGAGAGAACUGAGGACUUUCAAAGCCCCACACCUGUGAUUUGCAUCUACUCCACUUAUUUCCUCUCCCGUUCUGAAUGGAGGUGCCGAGGAGCUCCUUAGGACAAGGUGCAUGCUUGCGACUCAGUGCCCAGCGGUUCAGACAGUGCUGGGCGCUGGGUGGCUCCCCAGAUGGGUGACGGGGUCUUGCAGGAACUGUGUCAGCAUUUUACAGGUGAGGCCCUUCAUUCUAGACCAUAGACUCUGCCCGACCCUGGUUCUGUUGUCCUGUGAAACGGGAUGUACUUCCUAAUGUCAUCAGCACCCCCAACCCCACACACAGGUCUAUCCAACCUCAGAGUGUCCAUGGGCACGGGGACCCUCACAGUCUGUCCAACCCCAGAGUGUCCAUGGGGACGGGGAACCUCACAGUCUGUCCAACCUCAGAGUGUCCAUGGGGACGGGGACCCUCACAGUCUGUCCAACCUCAGAGUGUCCAUGGGGACGGGGACCCUCACAGUCUGUCCAACCUCAGAGUGUCCAUGGGGACGGGGACCCUCACAGUCUGUCCAACUUCAGAGUGUCCAUGGGGACGGGGUCCCUUAGAGUUAUGGCAAAUGAAGCCCAAACAACUUCCUGCUGUGGGGGCCUGCACUACUGUUGUGGCUGUCUGCUCUGGGGGUUCACACUGUUGAGUCUCCCUGCUCUGGGGGUUCACACUGUUGAGGAGUCUCCCUGCUCUGGGGGUUCACACUGUUGAGGAGUCUCUCUGCUCUGGGGGUUCACACUGUUGAGGAGGCUCUCUGCUCUGGGGGUUCACACUGUUGAGGAGUCUCUCUGCUCUGGGGGGGGCUCCCUGCUCUGGGGGUUCACACUGUUGAGGAGGCUCCCUGCUCUGGGGGUUCACACUGUUGAGGAGUCUCCCUGCUCUGGGGGUUCACACUGUUGAGGAGUCUCCCUGCUCUGGGGGUUCACACUGUUGAGGAGUCUCUCUGCUCUGGGGGUUCACACUGUUGAGUCUCCCUGCUCUGGGGGUUCACACUGUUGAGGAGUCUCUCUGCUCUGGGGGUUCACACUGUUGAGGAGUCUCUCUGCUCUGGGGGUUCACACUGUUGAGGAGUCUCUCUGCUCUGGGGGUUCACACUGUUGAGGAGUCUCUCUGCUCUGGGGGUUCACACUGUUGAGUCUCCCUGCUCUGGGGGUUCACACUGUUGAGGAGUCUCUCUGCUCUGGGGGUUCACACUGUUGAGGAGUCUCUCUGCUCUGGGGGUUCACACUGUUGAGGAGUCUCUCUGCUCUGGGGGUUCACACUGUUGAGGAGUCUCUCUGCUCUGGGGGUUCACACUGUUGAGGAGUCUCUCUGCUCUGGGGGUUCACACUGUUGAGGAGUCUCCCUGCUCUGGGGGUUCACACUGUUGAGGAGUCUCCCUGCUCUGGGGGUUCACACUGUUGAGUGUCUCUGCUCUGGGGGUUCACACUGUUGAGGAGUCUCUCUGCUCUGGGGGUUCACACUGUUGAGUCUCCCUGCUCUGGGGGUUCACACCGUUGAGGAGUCUCUCAGCUCUGGGGGUUCACACCGUUGAGGAGUCUCUCAGCUCUGGGGGUUCACACUGUUGAGUCUCCCUGCUCUGGGGGUUCACACUGUUGAGUCUCCCUGCUCUGGGGGUUCACACUGUUGAGGAGUCUCUCUGCUCUGGGGGUUCACACUGUUGAGGAGGCUCUCUGCUCUGGGGGUUCACACUGUUGAGUCUCUCUGCUCUUGGGGUUCACACUGUUGAGGAGUCUCCCUGCUCUGGGGGUUCACACUGUUGAGUCUCCCUGCUCUGGGGGUUCACACUGUUGAGGAGUCUCCCUGCUCUGGGGGGGCUCCCUGCUGUGGGGGGACUCCCUGCUGUAGGAUCUUGCGGAGUUGCGGAGGGCUCGUGCUGCUGCGUGGGACGGGGUGAAGCUGCGCUGGAGGGAUGUUCCCGGGCACCUGCUGCCUUUGUUCUUAUGGCAGAGCUCGUGGUUUGCAGCAGCCUGGUGAGUGACUGCCGUGAGUUCACCUGCAGCCUCUCAGUGUAUUGGUGACGGGGUGGGUGUACCAAUCACCUUAACCAUAUAAUCAGCACUACACUAUUAAACUACCAUUGCAUUUCACUAAAUAGCCACUUCUGUAUAUAGAUGACCGUCACUACAUUAGUGAAGCACCAGUACACUUAGUGCUCAAUGAGUUGGGAACUAACCAGGGCAGCACUGUCAAUGUGAGUUUAAGGUGCUUCGAAAAUUCUUAAUGCACUGUUCAAAGACAGAGGGGCUGAGUCCUGCCAUCCGUCACGUUAGUGAGUGCUUACGAGAUCCCUUCUGAGUUUCAGUGUGGUUUAAGCUUUAAUAUGACCUACAACUCAUCUUGAUGCAAUUCUGUUCACCUCUAACCCCUGUUCACCGCCCCCCCACCCUUCACCUCAGUGUGACGUCACCCCCCACCCUUCACCUCAGUGUGACGGGUCACUCCCGACCCUUCCCCUCAGUCUGUGGAAGAACACGUUGCACAAGGAGUUCACUCCAGGCAUUCCCUACUCUGUGGCAGACACUAUCCCUGGGUUAUCCCAAUGGAUGAAGUGUUGCUUUGACAUAUUCCUCUGUGCGUGGUGAUGGUGAAGCCCACACACUCCUGGGCUCUAGCAGGGUCGGAGAGUGUAAAGCUGCUGAGGUUAGACCCCCAUGUGGACACAUUAAUCAUUGUGAAUGAUUUGUCGCUGUGCGUCAGUACGAGGCAUCGAAUGGCAGAGAAACAGGUGGACUGGCCAGCCCCAUGCACAAAGAACACAGUCAAACCCAUCUCAGAAAAGAGAAAAUUCCUACAGCACUUGUGUGCUGCUGGUCAGUUGCUGGACAAAUUCUGUGUGUCUCAUGAGGACAUGUGACUGACUGGACAGCCUCAGUGACUACCCCAACUCAGCAAAUGUGAAGAUGGAUUGGUCACUAGAUGAGUUUCAGUGGGGUUUUUCAAAUUUGAGAGGUAGAGAGUUCAAGCUGAAUGCUGUUCCCUUUGUCUGCAAGUCUGAUCCCUUUCUACCUCUUGUAAGUUUGUGCUCCCCAGUCUGGACCUCCCGACUUUUAUCUCUUCCAAGGAAAACAAACUUAGCCUCUCAAAGCAACACACACAAAAUGCCGGAGGAACUCAGCAAGUGCGGGAGCAUCUGUGGAAGGGAAUAAACAGUUAAUAGUUUGGGCCAAGACCCUUCAUCAGGAUCUACCCUCUCCUAGUUUCUACUUGUAACUGAAACACUCCAUCCCAGGCAAUAAGCAGGCAGACUAUCACAUCCUUCCUAUGAAGCGGUGACCAGAACUGCACACGGUGCUCUAGCUGUGGCCUGAUACACCUUACUGCUGUAUUCUGCUCCCAGCUAAUGAAGGCAAGCAUCCCAGCAUCAUGUAUACCUUCCUUAGCAACCUGCCCACCUGUGCUGUUGCCUGCAUGGUUCCUUGGACUUAUACAUCAAGCUCCCUCUGUCAGGACUUCCCAUAUCAUUAACUGAGUCUAUCAGUACUUUCAUCUCUUCAGGAUUAAAGUCCAUCCGUUCCGACACUACACAUCUUCCCAACUGAUCAACAUCGUUCUCUAGCCGAAGGUUCCCUUCCCCACUGUGUCUGCAGAUCUUCCACAUUCAUAGCCAGAUAACUAAUAGUCAGGAUCCCAGCACCGAUCCCUGCGUACACCGUGAGUCACAGGAAUCCACCCACAAUAUCACCCUCAACCUUCACUCUCUGCCUCUUAUUACCAAGACAAUGUUGGAUCCAUUUUGUCAAAUUGCCUUGAGUUCCCUGGACAUUGCCUUUUGGAUUGGUCUCCCAUGUCAGAGGCCUCAAAACUGUCAAUCUAAGUGUAGAGGCGCUUCUCUCUGUGUCCAUCCUGUGCUGUUCCUUCUUUUGGACUGUGUGGCAGGAUAGUACAGGUACUCAGUACGUCAGGCAGCAUCUAUGGAGAGAAAUAAAGAGUCAAUGUUUUUGGCCAAGAGCCCUCACCAGGAUCAACAUCUGCAGAAUCUUUUGUGUUUAGGACAGAAUAGGGGAAGUUAGUUACUCUGUGUCCAACCCUAGGACAGUAUAAAUGCGUGUAGAGGGAGCUUCGCUCCAUCUGAUCCAUUCAUUUCAUACCCUGUAAGGAUGUACCAGGACAGUGUGAUGGGAUCUUCACUUUCCUGACCCUAGCUGACAGUGUUUGAUGGCAUUAAGUUGAGUCGGCUUUACACUGUAUACAACUUACAUUUUCUCGCCCUGCUGUGGGAAUAUGUAGUGAGACGGUGUAGAGAACCUUUUACUCUGUACUAAUCUGUAAUGAUUCCAGCUGGGAGUACUUUUGCACCCAUAUCCACACCAAUCAUGAGAAAUGGAACUGAAGUGUAAUUUCGCUGUGCUGAGGAGUGUGAACUGACUGGAUGCUGAGCUCUGUGAAAUUUGCUGCUGCCCCUGUUACCCAGGCCUCACCUGUAGAUGUUCCAUUGACUUAACAAUUUCACCAAACAAAAGUUGAAAUGAAUUAUGUUUUAAGAAUGUUUUAAACUUGCUUCUGAACACUAUGAUUGUCAUUUAUGAGAUAAAGGAACAUUUCCCACAAAUAUUCAUGUGAUCACCUCCGCAGUAUUGAAACAGAUUCUUGUUUUCUUUCUGAAUUCUUGGCUGUUCAGGGUCUGUCACCUUCAAUCCUGCAGCUUAUCAUUGAACUAAAUCUUAACAUCAGCCCUAAGCGAACCAGAAGGUUAAUCACAUAUCCUGCCUCCUGGACUGCCAGGAUGUUACUUAUACUGUCAACUAUAGUGUCUAUAUUUCUGAUUGUAACUAUAACAUAUGAAGGCUUUGCUACAGCUUUAUAUAUUAAAAGUUUUAAUAUCUAGGGCUUCCUUUGUUAAACUAUGAAGAAAACUUAUUUAUGUGGAUAUGAAGUUCUACAUAAAGUGAUAAUGAAACUUUGUGUGGAAAUAUUUACAAUUGUAAAUAAAGUGAUU